CAAGCAACAACAUAUACAAAGUUCGACAAAAUUGACUGAACUGCACAGUCCUAGUAGCAGCCAUGGAUUCCGACUUACACAACAAAGCGUUAACAAGCACUCGCUUUUCUGAACUCAACCCACCACUUUCUGAUCCCGUUCUCCAAGCUCUCUCUCAUUCAGGUUUCGACUUCUGCACUCCCGUUCAAGCCGCCACCAUUCCUUUGCUCUGCACCUACAAAGACGUUGCCGUCGACGCCGCCACCGGUUCAGGAAAAACCCUAGCUUUUGUCAUUCCACUUGUCGAGAUUCUUCGCCGCUCCGCUUCUAAUCCCAAACCUCACCAGGUUCUGGGAGUAAUUAUAUCUCCUACAAGAGAACUAUCAUCCCAAAUAUAUCAAGUUGCACAACCUUUCAUUUCAACUUUAUCCAAUGUUAAGUCGAUGCUACUUGUUGGUGGAGUGGAUGUAAAAACAGACAUGAAGAAAAUUGAGGAAGAAGGGGCAAAUAUAUUAAUUGGCACCCCUGGCCGAUUACAUGACAUUAUGAAUCGAAUGGAUGUCUUGAAUUUCAAAAGCUUUGAGAUUUUGAUUUUGGAUGAGGCUGAUAGACUCUUAGAUAUGGGAUUCCAGAAGCAGUUAAAUGCAAUCAUAACUCAGUUGCCUAAGCUUCGAAGAACUGGCUUAUUCUCUGCUACUCAAACUCAGGCUGUGGAAGAGCUUGCAAAAGCAGGAUUGAGGAACCCUGUGAGGGUUGAAGUUCGAGCAGAAACAAAAACAGAUAAUGAUCCUUCAGCAUCAAAGCAGCUCGAGUCUUCGAAGACACCUUCAGGUCUUCACAUUGAGUACUUGGAAUGUGAAGCAGAUAAGAAGCCGUCACAGCUAGUAGAUUUCCUUAUUAAGAACCGCUCAAGAAAAAUUAUAAUAUAUUUCAUGACUUGUGCUUGCGUUGACUAUUGGGGAGUUGUUCUUCCUCGCCUUUCUGUUUUGAAAGGCUUCUCCUUGAUCCCUCUUCAUGGAAAGAUGAAGCAGACUGUCAGGGAGAAGGCCUUAGCUUCAUUUACAUCGCUUUCAAAUGGAAUUCUUCUCUGUACGGAUGUUGCAGCACGUGGGCUUGACAUACCUGGUGUAGACUGUAUAGUGCAGUAUGAUCCUCCUCAAGACCCAAAUGUUUUCGUACAUAGAGUUGGUCGAACUGCUCGGUUGGGUAAACAAGGACAUGCUGUUGUGUUCUUAUUACCAAAGGAGGAAUCUUACGUCGAAUUUCUUCGUAUAAGAAGAAUUCCUCUUCAAGAGAGAAGAUGCUCUGACGAUGUAUCUGAUGUUACUUCCGAGAUUCGUUCUGCUGCAGCGAAAGACCGGGAUGUCAUGGAGAAGGGAGUUAGGGCAUUUGUUUCUUACAUCCGUGCUUAUAAAGAGCAUUGCUGCUCUUAUAUUUUCAGGUGGAAAGAACUUGAAAUUGGCAAAUUAGCCACGGGACAUGGCUUAUUGCAGCUUCCAUUAGUGCCGGAGGUAAAGCGCCACUCGCUGUCCACUGAGGGAUUUGAACCAGUUAAAGAUAUCAAUUUGGUGGACAUUAAGUUCAAGGAUAAAUCGAGGGAAAAACAAAGGAAGAAAAACCUUCAAGCAAAGAAAGAGACCAAAGAGAAAGAGCCAACACCUAAAAAACCAAAGAAAACUCCGGAUGCUACUGUCAUGAGGAAGAAAACAGCUAAACAGAGACGCGCUCAGCAGACAGUUGAAGACGAGGAAGAGUUGAUGCAAGAGUACCGCUUGUUGAAGAAAUUGAAGAAAGGAACCAUAGAUGAGGAUGAAUAUGCUAAGUUGACAGGCACUGAGGAAUUAUAGUUGACAGUGGGCUAGUAAAUUAUAGCAUCUUUUGAUGCCACAUGUAUCCUCUAAAAGAUAUGAGAUAUAUACAUUUUUCACUGGUGGUGCAGCUCAGAGUUCAGAAGAUCGACUUCCUUUUUGUUGCCGAUAGAGAGACCUUUUUGGCCAUAGAUUGGAUGAGUGACAUUUACAGAUUACAGUACAUAGAAAGUGAAGUGCAGGGAUUUGGAAAGGUACUAGUCGUUGGAUGAGAUCGCCUUUUAAGGUUAUGAACAUCGGGAAGAUUAAUAUUAUUCAAAAUGUUUUUUGCCUGGUAUCUAGUUGCUUUUUAAUAGUCUUUACUUAUAUACAUUGUUCACGUGCCUUAGUUUAGUGUGACAAUAUGCAGCAUAGAAGUUGAAUUAUGUUCUAGGUAUUUGUAACAUUAAUAAAGGAAGUCAUAUGACCAAUUUUGUUUUUUACUCAUUACUAACUGUUAGUGAUUUAUGGCCCUCGCUUAAAUGAAGGGGAACUUUCCAUUUUAUGCU